CCAUCUUAGAGCGCGACGGAGAAACCAGCAGAGAUGGCAGACUACAGCAGCGUGGCUCCCCCGUCCUCUAACGCUGGUGGUGGGAUGAACGAUGCUUUCAAAGACGCUCUGCAGCGAGCGAGACAGAUCGCAGCCAAAAUCGGCGGAGAUGGCGUGGCGGCACCUCCGACCAACGAGUUCGGCUACGGAGGCCAGAAAAGGCCCCUGGAGGACGCUGGUGGGUAUUUUCCCAUGCCUAACCUGAAUAUCGAUCAACCAGAGACGAAGAAAGUGGCUACAAACGAUGCCUUUGCAGCAAUGGGAGCUAUGGGUGGCCCCCAAAGAUCAACGUCAGAAGAAUUCAAGGUUCCUGAUGGGAUGGUUGGAUUCAUUAUCGGAAGAGGAGGCGAGCAAAUCUCACGGAUCCAGCAGGAGUCUGGGUGUAAAAUACAAAUUGCCCCUGAUAGUGGUGGGAUGCCAGAUCGGUCUGUCACACUAACAGGGGGUCCAGAUUCAAUCCAGACUGCAAAGAGGUUACUGACAGAAAUAGUUGAGAAGGGACGUCCGGCCCCAGUSUUCCACCACAACGACGGCCCAGGAAUGACGGUUCAGGAACUCAUGGUGCCGGCUUCUAAAGCUGGUCUCGUCAUCGGAAAGGGGGGAGAAACCAUCAAAAGCCUUCAGGAGCGAGCCGGGGUCAAGAUGGUCAUGAUCCAAGACGGACCUCAGAACACAGGCGCAGACAAGCCGCUCCGCAUUUCAGGAGAUCCCUUUAAAGUCCAGCAAGCCAAAGAGAUGGUGCUGGAGCUGAUCAGAGACCAGAGCUUCAGGGAGCAGAGGGGCGAGUACGGUUCACGGGUCGGAGGAGGAGGAGGAGGAGGAGGAGACAGUUUAGACGUUCCAGUUCCACGGUUCGCUGUCGGAAUUGUUAUUGGCAGAAACGGAGAAAUGAUCAAGAAAAUCCAGAACGACACGGGCGUCCGAAUUCAGUUUAAACCAGACGAUGGCACCACGCCCGAAAGGAUAGCACAGAUCAUGGGUCCACCAGACCAGACUCAGCACGCGGCAGAGAUCAUCUCCGACCUGCUGAGGAGCGUUCAGACUGGAGGACCCCCGGGACACGGGGGCGGCAGAGGGCGCGGUCGUGGGCAGGGCAACUGGAACAUGGGUCCUCCAGGCGGCCUGCAGGAGUUCACCUUCACAGUCCCGACCAUGAAGACGGGUCUGAUCAUCGGAAAAGGUGGUGAGACAAUCAAAGGCAUCAGCCAGCAGUCCGGAGCCAGGAUCGAGCUGCAGAGGAACCCUCCACCCAACUCGGACCCCAACUUAAAGAUGUUCACGGUCAGAGGCACCCCUCAGCAGAUCGACUACGCCAGGCAGCUGGUGGAGGAGAAAAUCGGGGGUCCAGUUACUCCAAUUGGUGGCCCACAUGGUCCUCCUGGGCCACAUGGAGGACCAGGCCCACAUGGUCCUCCGGGACCACCAGGUCCUCCUGGGGCCCCAAUGGGACCGUACAACCCUGGACCAUAUAACCAGGGGCCUCCAGGACCACAUGGUCCUCCUGCUCCAUAUCAGCCUCAGGGAUGGGGCAACGGGUAUCCACACUGGCAACAGGGACAACCUGAUCCAAAUAAAGCAGCGGCCGACGCCAACGCUGCAGCGUGGGCGGCCUACUACGCUCAGUACGGCCAGCAGCCGCAGCCCCCGAUGACGCCGACCGGCGGCGCCCCUGGCACGGCUCAGCCCAACGGCCAAGGUGACCCACAGGCUGCAGGUCCGAGUGGACAGACAGAUUACACCAAGGCCUGGGAGGAAUAUUACAAGAAAAUGGGUCAACAGAAUCAGCCACCUCAGGACUACACUAAAGCCUGGGAGGAGUAUUACAAGAAACAAGACUCCGCAGGUCAAGCUGCGCCUCAGGCCGCACCAGCCGCUGCGGCACCGGCCGCCCAGCCCGGAGGCCAGCCGGACUACAGCGCCGCCUGGGCCGAGUACUACCGGCAGCAGGCUGCGUACUACGGCACGGCCAACCCUCAGGCCAUGGGCGGAGCGCCACAAGCCCCUCAGGGCCAGUAAUGUGAAGUGGACAUAAAGUAAAUGCUACAUUGUCGAAACAAAAUCCUUUGUUAAAUGUUUGGAUGCAGACGCCUUGAUGAAGAUCUUAAAUUUCCUUGGUUUGAAAGUGUUUCACAUAGAUGGCAGAUUACCCGGCGAACACGUCCUCUUUGAUUUAUUUCUUCUGUUAUUUCUUUUGUUUUUGUUGUUUGUUUUUUUUUUUCUUGUAAAUGCUAUGUUUUUAGUGAGGUAAUAUACAUAUGGUCAUUCCAGCCCUGUAUCUACAUCAAAUGUGGUUAGAACUCAUGUUUAAUAAUAAACUGUAGACAUUACCAUGUAAAUCAUCUCAGUUUUAAAAAUGAUAUUGCCUGUUGUGUUUUUGCAAUAAAACAAACUGAAACCUCC